AAUUUGAAAUAGGACUGUUGGGACUUGGGACUUCAACGGUUCACAACGAUAACGUACUCACAGUCGGUUCUUACAUAUUGCAGUCUAGUUUUGGUUUUUUAGCUGUUUAAAACUCACGCGAAUCGUUAGGAGCACGAUAUUUCGACUAUAGACUCGGUUACAAAUAUCACAAAAAACGUUGCAGUAAAAAAAUGGAUUUAUUUACUCAGAACAUGAUAAAAAGAACAAAGCAGAGGCAAGAGAUGAUGAAAGUGAAGCCCAACUCCGGGUUGGGCUCAUUGUCAUCUAGUAAACUAGAGAAUCAAACCAUUCCAUCAAAUUCAAGCCAAAUUUCAGAUAUUGAUGAAAACAUACCAUUGUGUAAUUUCGAGGAAAAAAGAAAUGUAAUUCGAAAGGAAAAUGAUGCAGGUAUCAAACAUUUAAGACACAGCCCUACAAAAAUUGAGGUUCCAAGUGAUCAAACUUCUCCAUUACAAGUGUCAAGAAAAACUAGAUUGGAAGCUCUAGCCUACCGGAUAAAUGAUUGGGUAGAUGAAUCUGUUGUAGCUCCUAAACCAAUUUCAUCCACUCCUGAGAAAAAUCCUAGAGGAACCAGUACUCCUUCUAAAAUAAGAGAUACAACUACUUUGAAGUCUGCAGCAAGUGUGAAAUCAGUGUUACAAGAAUGCACUCCUGUGAAAGUAUCUGGAAAUGAGGAUGUAUCAACUCCUUACAAAUCACUUGCGUUAGAUAAAUCGGUUCUCCAAAGCUUGGAAUCCCAAGGUUUCACACCAACUGAAUCACGGUCUCGUUUAAUAUACGAGUUUGAGAAAGAGCAAGAAAACGAAAUAGAAGAAGAAACAGCCAAGUCUUGGACGUUUACUGCCGGAUCGCCGCAUAAAUCAGCAUCUCCCUUGAAAACCAGAUCACCUGCUGGUGUUACACAUUCAAGCAAUACUCCAGCAAAGCCAAAGGGACCAGCAAGUCAGUUGGCUGGAAAAUUUUCUAAGAGACCAUCAGGUGGUCUAAUAUCAUCAGAUAUGAAAUCAGCCAGAAUUUCUCAGAAUAUACGAGAGAAUCACGAGUCUACCCCUUCGUCAUCGAGCGCUGUGGAACUAGAAAAAAAGAAGCCUGAAAAUAGAAUGCGUUCUGUGCAGGAGUUGGCUGCUCAAUUCGAUUCGCCUCGCGUGCCAAUGAAAGAUCCAGCUGAAAUGACAAUUUCGGAAAGGAAGGCACUCUUUGAACACAACAAAGGCCAAAUUUCUAAUUCUAAACUACGAACACCACAAACAAGUCGUUCUGUUAUUUCGCCACGGACGACAGCCAUCGAUUCGAAGAAUAAAGGAAAUCUCGAUUUUUAUAUGAAAGAGAAAUCUAAUUCUCCACUCUCGGUUGUGUCUGAGCUUUCAAGCGUACAAACUGCUAAAUCAAACCACUUUAAGGAGCAGCAGAACCCAAGGGGUGGCAAUAUCACUAAAAUGUCGGAACCGCUGACCCAUGGAGCAGCAACUUCAAGUCCUAUCUCUAACUGCACGCCGAAGCCGAAUAUUAUGAAUACCGUUGCUUCGUCUUCCAAGGAAUAUAAUUUAGAUCAACCAUCGAGUGGCAUGUUUCGCAAUAUUCAUGCCGAACCAUCGCUUGACAAAAAUAUCGAAGAACAGCAAAAACCUUCCGGGGCGCUGUACGCAGGAAUUCAUCAAGUUCGUCCCAUAAGAGUAUCCCCUCCUAAACCGGGUAAACUCUAUCCGUGUUUGUCAGAUAUUGACAGCGUAACAGAAAACGAAUCAGAGUCAGAUGAACAACAAACGGACAAUACUCCAAAAAGCACAGAUGGUGGCGAUUUGAGAGCAGGUUACGAUUUGGAUAGUAGCUUCACUAUUGAAAUUCUUGGGCGAGCAGGUUUGAGUCAAUUCAUCAAUACUCCCAAGAGGAAACUGACAGAAAUGCAACUGGAUAAACCACAGGUGCGCCCUAAUCUUGGUGUGAAAGAAAUCAUUUCGGAUGAUGAUGACUCAACGGAUAUCAGUGACCUACUAGAUGAAGCAUUGGGUGAUACUGAACAUUCCGUGUCUCCCAAACAUCAGAAAAGGGAUGAUUGCGAUCAAUUAACAUUGGAAGAUGAUGGCCUUGCCAUUUCAUUGUUUCAUUCCGUUAGUUCUUAUCGCCAGCAAAAGGAAAAGACGUUUACGCCAAUGAAACAGAUUGUACGGAACCCAGAAGUUCGUCAAGUAGCUUCACGGCAUGAAACCUAUGAGUCAAAUGAAUCACUUGAAGUUUCUGUUCAACAGCAAAUUCGCACCCUUCAAGAAGAGAUCUCUACUCAACAAAGUGUUAUGGCUCAAGCCUCUCAAGCCUUAAAUCUAUGUCGAGCCACUGCCGAGUUCUCUGGUUCCACUGAGCAAGUCGAAGGAGAAAAACUGCUUCUUAUUUCCAGCCAGAAAAAGCAAGCAGCUAUCAAUGAAAUUCAGAGGUUAAAAAGUGAAGCAGCCAUGAAAGUGAUUUCAAACAAACUAGCUUCUCGCGGCACUCUGUCAUUCAGCAAUAUUGGACUUCCACUUAAAAAAGAUUUUUUAUCGAUGCUUAAGAAAGGCGGGGGUGAUGUUGUACAUUAUUUCAUCGUGCUAAUACGCAGCCGAGGCCAAGUAAUUCCGUUGCAAAUGCUGUCAACGGUAGACGGAAUCCAGGAUGGUGUGUUGCGUUUCCCCAAUUUGGUGCAACUGAGAAAUCUUCCUGCAGAGUUUGAUGUAGUGAUUGAAGUUUAUGCGUUGCAAACAUGGAAAGAAAAGAUGAAUCACGAAACUAAAUAUCAUAUUCGCAAGGAUAAUAGCAAAAUGCGGUUAACUCCAAAAAAACUUUCGAAACAAGAUAGUCGUGGAAUGCCGAGAACACCACUGUCAGUUUCAGGUGGAUCUUCUACGGCUAAUCUACGUAGUUCUAGUUUUGGAUUAGUAGGAGUGACCAACAUUACACCAACAAGUUUGAGGAGGCGAGAGUGGUCACUAGAGAAAGUACCAGUUGCUUCUCCUAUUGAUGGAACGCUCCAGUUAAAAAUCCAAAGCCACACUGAGAGUCUGAUCGAAGAACGUGGCUUUUUAACCGUUUUCGAAGAUGUUGGUGGAUUCGGGGCGUGGCAUAGGAGAUGGUGUCUGUUAUCGAACGACCAAUUGCUCUUCUGGAAAUACCCUGACGAUGAGAAACUUAAGGAACCCCAAUACUCCAUCAAUCUUAGGAAAUGCAUAACGGAGCACGUCGAUAUAGUUUCUAAUGACGUUUGCGCUCGACCAAACACAUUUUUGCUCAUCACUGUCAGACCUGUAGAGAACACGGACAAAGAUUCGUUGGUUAUGACAUGCUAUCCCAAUCAAACAGCCCUGCGCCAUCUGAUUUCCGCUGACUUGAAAGAAGAGCGUCAGUUGUGGUGCAUGCAGAUAAAUAGGGUUUUAGCCAACUUCAGAGUUUGGAACUUGGAGUGAAUUAAACGUUCUUCGCUAUGAGUACUAACGUUGGGGAAAUCGCCAAUGAAUGUCUAUAUUCUAUGUAGCUUAAUCGCUUUAUCUUUUAGAUUUUACAUUUAUAUUCUACUUUAAUUUCUUUCCUUCAAUUUAUUACAUUCUAAGCUUUUUUAAGGUUCGUCAAAGCGACUUCAAAUUCAAAUUCUUGAAUCGAAUACAUUAUUGGUCUUGCAA